AUGGAAUGCGAAGACAUAGAAAUUAGCUCCUUCUCUUCGACUGACUCUUCGGAGGAACACCAAGAAAAACAAUGCAAAUAUAGAAAACAAAAAUUCAAUAACAAAUGGCUUGACGACGACAAUUUCAGUGGCUGGCUGGAAGCUGUGGCUAACGAUGUAUUUAAAUGCAAAUGCGCUGCGUGCGACAAAGUUUUGAACUGCGGUAUGUGCAGCGAUGGUGCCAGUGUAAUGAUCGGACAGCAUAAUUCCUUUGCAUCAAGAUUAAUUGGGGACAUACCAAAUGCUAUAGUUGUAAAGUGCAUCUGUCAUUCUGCAGCAAUUAUUGCAAGUAAGGCUUGUUAGCGCUACCCAGAGGACUUGAGGAUCUUUUGCGGCAAAUCGGUUCGUACGUUUCGGGAAGUUCCAAAAGAUGCGCGCAAUUAGAAGCUCUGCAGGAAAUGCUAAACGAGAAGAAAAAGAAAAUCCUUCGGACUUGUACAACCAGGUGGCUUCUCAUCACAAAUGCGUCGAAAGUGUAUUACAAAACUGGGAUGUGUUAUUGGCAUUUUUCAACCAAGCUGUCACGCAGGACAAAUUAAAAUCAACAGAGGCGAUUUUAUUUGAGCUCAACAACCAAUGCAAUAAGAUUUAUUUAUUUUUUCUCAAGUAUGUACUCAAUUACUUCAAUACUCUAAACGCACUUUUUCAGUCGAAAGCACCUUUAAUACAGGUACUCCAACGAGAAUCAAUCAAAAUAUUUUUAGGCUUAGGUCAAAAUUUUAUUAAAAAGUCUGAGCUUAACAUUACUUGUGCUGUUAGAUCGCCACAUAUUUCUCUACCGCUUGAGGAAGUUUUUCUCGGAUUUGAAUGCAACGAGCUCCUAAAAACUGUUCCAAAAACGGCUGCAAACAAAAUUAGAACAGAUUGUCUACAGUUUUAUAUUACUGCUUUGGAAGAGAUACAAAGGAGAUUACCGCUCAAAACUGAGCUAUUCAAAGAAAUUGAGUCUUUAAAUCCAGAAGUUGCAAUGGCAGUAAAGGGAAACAAAAAUGAUCUCACAUUUGAGAACAUUUGUAAAAUAGUAUGUGUGGAUGCCAAUUCUCUCCUACAAGAGUGGAGAACGUUUGAGUUCAAUUUCUCUGAAGACGAAAAAUCUAACCUUUUAAAGAUGGGAGUUGAAAAGUUUUGGAGCGAAGUCUGUAAACUCAAAAAUUUCAAUGACAAUUUUGUUUUUCCUAUUUUGGCUAAAGUAGCGAAGUUCGUUUUAUCUUUACCUCAUGGUAUUGCAGACUCCGAGAGAAUUUUUUCUAUCGUAACAGAUGUUCGCACCAAAAAGAGGAAUAAGCUCAGUCAUCAAGUUUUAACUUCGGUUUGCAUUAUUCGUUCUUUUUUCCAAGACGAAAGUCAAGAUUGCUGCAAAUUUCAAUGCAAUGAAUCUCAUUUCAAGAAAAUGGUAUCUGCAGAACUCUAUGAUCACGUGCAGUAACUCAGAAAUUCUUAAUAUUGACACUAUGUUCCUUAGCCAAACGCAAAUGAGUACAAAAUACAAACCUUUGUAUUGUUUUUAUUAGUAACUUAGCUUUAGAAAAUGAACUGAAAGUAAUUUUUGUGAUCUUAGUUUAAAAACUCUGUUAUGUUUUCUUUUUAGGUUUGUCUUAUUUUAA